AUGUCCUCUUCUCUGUUCUCGUCGUUCCAAGAGUUGGGAAGGCAGCUCGAGGAAGCUUGUUCCUUGAUGAAUAGUUCCGACAAUCAGAAGAGAAAGGAAUCGGAGGCUUUCAUUCAACAUUGCCAAAAUCAACCUCAACCUUAUGAUUUUUGCAGACACAUUCUCGAAGGCCAACAAUAUUCGGAAGUAACAAAAUUCUUUGCUUCCAAUAUUAUGAAAAAGGCUAUCAUUCAAGAAUGGAGUGUUUUGGAUCUGAAUGUAAAACUUCAUCUCAGUCAAUACAUUUUUGAAUAUAUCACGUCGGUCGUUCUCGGAGGAAGCGUACCGUCAAGUACAACUCCCAGUGUUGGCUCCAUAAAACCACCAUCAAUUUUACAACAAAUAGUUAAUCAAUUGCUGCAAAGCUAUGCAAUAAUACAGAAACGUUCAUGGAUUGACGAAGAAGGAGGUGGAAGUCAAUUUCGAGAAAUGACUUUUAAACACAUUCAACAUUUAUUGAAUCAAGACAAUCAAAUGGUACAACAAAAAUCUCAAAACUUGGCUCUACAACUCUUAUUGAGUUUAAUUACUGAAUUUUCUCUUGGUGGAUCAUCAUCUGAAAUUGGAAUGAAUUGGGAAUUUCAUGAAAAGUCAAGAAUUUUAUUUCAACAAGAUUUCCUCCCAAAUUGUUUUGGGUUAGGUAUUGAUAUUUUAAAAAGAUCUCUUUCGAUUCGAGAUGAAUCACUGUUUUUUGGAAGAGUUACCAAUGACGAUGUUUCAGAAUUAUUGAAAAUGUCAGUGAACGCUCUUGAUUUGAUUCGAGAGGUACUUUGUUGGGAUUUUUCUCCAUUCAAUGAAGUUAGCUCUCUCAAAUCCAUAAUUUCCACCAAAAUGUAUAAAAACAAAUAUGCUAGUAGUGGUGGAGGUGCUGGCUCUGCUUCCAUAGAACAAGGAAAAAUUAGCCCAAAUUCUAAAGAAUGGAAAGAAAGGUUUACGAAUACUGAAAUUUUGAACAUGUUUAUUCAACUUCACCAAAAAUUUAGACAAGGUUUGAUGUCUGGUGCCACUUCAUCCAAUGCAUUAGAGGCAGAACUUUUCAUCAGAAUUACUCACCAAGUGAGACUUUGCCUCACCCAGUGGUGUAACAUUUCCAACGAAUGCUUCGAAAAUGACAAGAUGGCCAAACUUAAUUUCUUUGUUGGUUUACUGUCGAGUAUUUUUACCCUGAUGGGAAAUGCACUACAAACAUACACGUCUCUAGAAUUUUCGCUCAUUUGCGGACAGGAAAUUUACGACUGCACACAAUGCAUUUACAGACUUUUUAUUAAUUUUGGAUUUUUACCCUUCAUUGAAAUUUAUCAAUCCCAAACUAAUCAGGCUCAGUUCUUUGAAAUUAUGCAGCAUUUAACUCAAGCUACUAUUCGCACUAUGGAAAUAUCGCCCAACUUUAAUGACCAAUUUAUUGUGGACGGCUUAACAACUCUCCUAGGAUGUUGGAGCAUUAUUUGUGACAGCGUUGCUACUUCUCGCCUCUCCGUAUCAGGAAACUAUCUGGAUGUGAAGGGUGCUGAUUUUGUUAGACAAUGCUGUUUUGAAAUUUUUAAAAGUUUUGUGAAUUUGAAAGUGCCAGAACAAAGACCCAUUUCUAACAACGAGGAUGAUGAAGACGAAGAAGAUGACAAUGAUGAAUUAUUUGUGGAUGAACAAUUGAACGCCAUGGGAGUUAUGGGCCGACAACUCGCAGAGUCAUCUCUACAACUAUUGUACCACAAGUUUUCUACUCGCUUCUCACAACUGCAAUCAUUGUUUGGACAAAGUUUCCAGGCAAGUCGUGCUCUCGAUAAUUUAUGGGAAGAUUUUGAAUGGAUCAUUGAAAUUGCUGGCUAUGUAGUAGCAGAUGAUGCUGAAGGUGAAACACCUACCCUUCCUUCAGAAAUUGUAGAUCUCACCGAUGACGCUGAAGACAAUAUUUUCUUUACAUUUGUGAAUGGAGUGUUAAAAUUCUCGCAAUUUGAGUUGCUGUGCUUGUCAAAGAGUCCGCAAAUGCUUAGCCCAAGAAUUUCCAAAACAUUAAUGUGGUUCUUUUGGAGAUGGGGUCAAUCCUAUCUCAUGCCGGAAGUUUCACAUUACACUGAAAAUAUUAGUAGAACCAUCCUGGCAAUGUACGGUGAAAAAUCAGAGAAUGGUAUCAAAUUUGUGGAUUAUUUACUUCAAAAGAUUUCGCAUAAUUUGGCACAUUGGUCCAGUGAGCACGAUACUUGCCAAGAAACUCUCAAGCUUUUCAUUGUCAUGUCCAAAAAGAAGUCCAUUCAACGAUGCGUUGUUAAAACCAAUACUUUUGCAGAAAUUGUCAAGAACGAUUUCAAUACUUUUAAUACUCUUCAUAAGGCUCCUAAUUGGGUGAAAGGAAAACUCACUCAAUGCAUAAUUGCAUGUUGUCCUUCAUUCAUUAAGGUUAGUGAAGAGGGUCAGAAAAAUUUUGAUGAACUUCAGCACGUACUAAAUUUGGUACUAGUUCCAUUGAGAGAUCAAUUCAACUCAAUUCUCGCAAAGAGUGACUUUCAUGAGACUUAUCAACAAGCUCAAGUGAUGGAACAAUUAGAUUAUUGCUUUGAAAAAUUCCUCGGUAUCGCCAAAGGUUCUACCAAUCCUGACAUUGCUUCGGCUAUGGUUCAAUUCUUUAAUACGGAGCAGAUUUUAGUGAAUUUAGUGAAACUCUUGCAUCAGUAUUAUCUUCAUGAACAAUUUGUCACUCUCAUUAUUCGUGUUUUCAAGAGCUGUAUCAAGGCAUUUGUGAACUCUAUAACAAAGGACCAAUGUAAAUCUCUAUUUGGCAUUGCUCUCACCAUGAUCCAAACCUUUACACAAAUACAUUCGAAAAAGAAUGGUGACAUUUCACAAGUAGGAGGUUCCAAACAUCGAAGACCGACAGCCUUGGAUGAGUUAUCAGAAGAAGAACGAUACAAGGAUUUAUUACUCAUCUUAAAGAUGCUCACUUGUAUGAUAUCGAGAGAUUUUUUGGAUUUUUCUGAGGAUGGUAGUAGUGCAGUAUUUUCUGCCGAGGUUCGAGUGAAAACAGAUACUCACACAACAGAUGCACUUGUAAAUUAUGUUUUUCAAGGAAUUCAUUUAAUGUUACCAUUGAUAACGAUAGAACUUUUAGAUUUUGCUCCACUAAGAAAACAAUACUUUAGAUUGAUUGCAUUCAUGAUGGAAAUGUAUCCUGAGAAGGUGACCAUGUUACCUCAACCAUUAUUUAAUCAUUUCAUUAAUGCUCUAGUUUUUGGAUUGAGGCACUUCGAGUUGGAUAUUGCACAAGAAAGUUUUGAUGCCAUACAUGCUCUCUCGUCUUUCCGAUCUCAAUAUCCAACGUCGUUUGAUUUACAGGAUCAAUCAUUUGUUGGAAUGCUGAUUAAGGAAUGCAUCAACAUGUUGUUAUAUGAAACUUUUGAUAUCGAACUUUUACAUAAUAUCAGUGACACGUUGUUUGGAUUGAUUUUGUGGGAUCAAAAUAGUUAUAGGAUGGUGGUAGAAAGUGUUCUCCAAAAUGAACCUUCUCAUUCCCAAGAUAUUGCUAAAGGUUUUCAAUAUUUGGACAAUGGUAUUACUGAAAUGAGCUUGCAACGAAGAAACAUGGUCAAAUUUUAUGAAAAUCUCGAAAAAGUCAUACCAAAAAUUCGUUGCUUCACAAGAAGAAAGUAA